UGUCUCGUUCGGGCUAGCUGUUCGCACACAAUAAACCGAACGAAAAACCCGAUGUACGUGUGUGUAUUGGUGGGCAUGAAAUGAUGUGUCGAAUGUAUGUUUUGACGGUGCGCUGCAUGUUAUGUGUGCAACGCGAACAAGGCCCGUUCGUAUCUGUGUAUGUGUGUGUGUGUGUGUGUGGGUAUUUUUGAGUGAACAUGAGCAACGAAUUCGGCUAGAAGAAGACAACCACAUUCUUCGAUGAAACGAUUACCUGAUGGGUGGUAAAAUGUUGAAGUAUGCAAAUGAAUUCGCUGCGGCCAGCAGACGGCACUGCAAUCGCACCAAUCGACUGAAUGACAAUACUUUAAUUUUGUAGCGAAUUUCAGCAUUGACUGCAAACAUUUUGAAUACCAAACAGCCAAAUACAACGGAUUUAAUGCUUUGAACGAACUGAAAAAUGAGAAUUGAAAAUUGUUCACCAAUUUUUUUUUGUCAAAUAAUUUUCCAAAUAAAUUGCAUCUCAUUCAACAGCGUUUGCAGAAAUGAGAUGAAAAAUAAAACGUCAUGUAGCGAAUUAUUCAUCAGCGAAUUGCGUUCAUUGACAGUUCCGACCAAAUACGAGCUUCUCACAAUUUGGUUGUCACUGUUCACCUAUAUCUAUCGCAUACACACACAGAACCGAUUUCAUUCAAUCCGAAAAAUGUAUUGAGAGAAACGAAACGGAAAAUCCAAAUCACACACUGUAUGUCGAUGUUUUUACGCAUGUUCUAGUAGAGCUGUUCCUCUUUUCUAACGUAACAACAGCGAAGUGAGAGAACAAACGUACGAAAAGAAGAAAAUAAUUUUGCUCUCUUUUGCUACUGGUGGUGUGCAUGUAUUUGUGUGUGCACAAAAUAAGACAACUGAAUAAAUAAGCAAAGGCAGAGCAGAAAAAAAACAAUGGAUUGGUCUGUCCGUCGACAAGAGUAAAAUUAAAUAAUGAUAGAACGAAAUUUAAAUUAAAAAACAUAACAUUUAACAAUUAAAUAGAAAAAAAUCAACAAACACACACACAUAGAGAGAUUUUGAUGUUUUUUUGUUGUUGUUGUUUUGGUUUAGAUUGUAUUUAUUGUAAUUCAAAAUUGGUGUAAAGAAAAUACGAGCAAAAUAUAAACAACAAAAAUGGAUGAUAGCAUAAAUAAUUUUAUGGUUGAUAAUCGAAUAAGAUUUUUGGAGAAUCGUGACAACAAUUCGCGUUGGUGUGAUCCAGAUAAUGGCAGCAAUUUGGAAUGUCCUGACUUGGAUUUUGUGUACAGUGAUACCGAUACGCAUCCAAAUGAGAUCGCCGAACUGUACAGCUACACCGAGCAAAGUGAAUUCCAUUUGAAUAUUCGGGCAUUUGAAGAACAAAUGGCCUAUUACAGAUUGGUACCAAGUUGGCAAAAGUUGACAGUGAAUCAGCGCAAAGAUGUUAUACUCAAAUUGCUCGAUCAACUGGAUCUAUCGAGAAAGAAUCUACGGAUGCAGGCAGCUCGAACCAUUUUGUAUUUGGCACAGGGCUGCUUCUGUGAAGUGCAAUCCGAUCACGAGCAACUGGAAUGGACCCGUGAAAAUGUCAAGCUACUCUAUAAUAUGGGAGUAUUCGCAGUUUUUGUGGAACUUUUAAAUUAUGAGAUUGAAAAUUCGAGUGCAACAAACAUUGCAAUGAGGAAAGUGGCCGUUUCAUUGGCCGAUUCCGUGGAUUUGCGCAUUAUUUUAUCAGUUUUGUACAUUAUGACGGAGGUGAUUCGCAACGAAAAGGUGGCCGGAUCAAAUGAUUUUAAGGACAUCGCCGAAACAUUCACAAAUGAACUGAACGCGCCCAUCGGAGAUGAACUCCUUGCAGUAAAGCUGUUGAAUAUGAUAACACGAUUUUGUGGCGGUACCGCUCCACAUUUCCCUAUGAAAAAAGUGCUGUUGCUGCUGUGGAAAAUCUCGUUAGUCAGUUUGGGUGGAAUGGACACGCUUCGGAGAUUAAAAGAUGAAUAUAGGAAACAAAACAAUUUAAGCCCCGUAAAAGAGGAUACAUUGGAAGUUGCCAGGAAUAUGCGUCCAAGUUCGCCGCCUGCCACUGUGGCCGAUAUGCUGGACAAUCAGAAUGCAAAACGGAAUCGUCCCUUCAGACGAGUACGUACGAACGAUAUAUUGCAAGAGCAAAGCUUGAUCAAACAAAGUUCAUUGGAUGAACAAGAGCAAAUGACAUUGGAACAGCAGGAGAAUGAUGAGGAAAUCAAUGAUGAUUAUCGACCGACAACAAAUGGCACUGAUACAACUACACCGCCAGAAAAUCCAAAUCCAGAAAAUGAAGAUACGGUCAGUUCGAAUGGAACGACAGCGCUCACAAUGGCGCCAUCGACAACCGCACCACCCAAUUGGAAUCAGAUUAUAAAACUACCAUGGGCGCCAAAGGUGCGUCAAAAGGACAUCGACCAGUUUUUAUAUGAUUCACGAAACAAAUUCAUUGGCUACUCAUUCACCGGUGAUCACGAGAGUUUGGCUGGACUUCCGCAUCCCAUACACGAAGGAUAUAACAUUCUCAAAAAACAUAUGUACACUAGUCUAUCAGAUAUUCAUAUAAAACGCGAAGAAGAAAUCGCUCGGAAUCCAUUGGUCAAUGUUGAAAAUGAUAUUCCAAUGACGCCCGCCGAAAUUCUGUAUCAAGCAAUUCUACCAAAUCUUCCGCAGUGUAUGAUUGCACUAUUGAAAAUCCUGUUGGCCGCAUCGCCCACAUCCAAAGCCAAAACCGAAAGCAUUAAUAUUAUGGCUGACGUUUUGCCUGAAGAAAUGCCUGUAACGGUAACGCAAUCAACAAAGCUGGGCAUCGAUGUGAAUCGUCAUAAGGAGAUUAUCAUAAAAGCAGUGUCUGCCAUUUUAUUGUUGUAUUUGAAGCAUUUCAAAAUCAAUCAUGUGUAUCAAUUUGAGGUGAUGUCACAGCAUUUAGUGUUUGCCAAUUGUAUACCAUUGGUGUUGAAAUUCUUCAAUCAAAACCUAUUGGGCUACGUUGGAUCAAAGAAUGUAAUUCCAAUAUUGGAUUUCCCGGCUUGCAUAAUCGGUGAUUCACCACCGGAACUCACGUCGGACAGUUUGGUCAUCGGAGAUACUGCACCGUAUUCAUGGCGAAAUAUAUUUUCGUGCAUCAAUUUGUUGCGAAUUCUCAAUAAGCUAACAAAAUGGAAACAUUCACGUGUCAUGAUGCUGGUGGUGUUUAAAGCGGCCCCAAUUUUAAAACGAACAUUAAAAGUGAGACAUGCUCUGAUGCAAUUGUAUGUGCUGAAAUUGUUGAAAAUGCAAACCAAAUAUCUGGGACGUCAAUGGCGUAAAACUAAUAUGAAAAUCAUUAGUGCGAUUUACGAAAAGGUUCGACAUCGUCUCAACGAUGACUGGGCAUUCGGCAAUGAUUUAGAUGCCCGCCCAUGGGAUUUCCAGAUGGAAGAGUGCACAUUGCGUUCGUGCGUCGAUCGUUUCAAUAAUCGACGGUAUUUGUCGGCACAAGCCUAUAUGAAUGCGAAAAAUGCUCAUGUUAUGCCACAUUUGCUACCCAAUGCCAACAAUGCAAAUAUUCAAGUGUCGGCCACCUCAUCAAGUAUGUCAAAUCAAAUUGGCUUUGCAGCUGGCGGUGUUGGCACGAUUGGAAACAGUAAUGCCGUCAAUUCAAAUGGUAUCGCCAACAGCUGCGGGAUCUCACAAAUCGGCAAUUCAAAUGGUCAGCCACAGUCGAAUGAAUUCAAUGAACCGUACGAUAACAACAGUCUAAUCGAUAUUGCCGUUGGUUCACAUUUCUUGAACGGUGGCCAAGAGCGUAGCUCAUACACAUCGGGCUACGGUGCAUGGGACAUGGAAAAUGUGGAUCUGAGCGAAGAUUUCAAAAAACACUAUGAAGUGUGGCUACAAAAGGAAGUGUUCAGCAUUAAAAUCGAUUGGGACUCAUUGCGAACGGUGUACGAUAUUGAAAUGGACGACAAUAAAGUGAAUGGGAAAACGUUGAAUGAUGCAACCGCCAAAAUUGAUUCUAAAGUUGUGAUCCAGUGAUUUCAUCAUCGAAAUUAAUGUCAUCUGGAAUCGUCAAAAUCAAAAUGUGUAUUCGUUUGGCACAGCAAAUUUUCCUACGAAACAUACAACAACAUCAACACUCAAGCCACAUAAUAUCAAUGUCCUUUGUAGAUUUAUUGUUUAAAAUAUGCUUAAUAAAUUAGUACGGAAAAUCACACACUAACAAAAUAAAAAAAAACCCAGAUCAAUUCUCAAAA